AUGUCCAAUCAGCAGCUGGUCGAAAGCAAAGGCAUCUUCCACGGUCUACCUGUAUACCCCUCGUCAUUAAAAGGACUUACAGCCAUUAUAACCGGGGCAAAUGGUAUCUCUGGUAACUAUAUGCUGCGUGUGCUAGCGCAGGAUCCCGAGCGAUGGACGAAGAUCUACUGUUUGUCAAGGCGACCACCCGCGAUUCCCGAUGGACUACCGAAGAAUGCCGAGCAUAUCUCUCUUGACUUCCUGCAGAAUUCAGAGGACAUCGCGAAAGUGCUGAAGGAGAAGGGCGUCAAGGCUGACUACGUCUUCUUCUACUCAUACGUUCAAGUCAAGCCGAAAGAGGGUGGUGGCUUGUGGAGCGACGCCGAGGAGAUGUGCAAGGUGAACACCGCCCUUCUCAAGAACUUCUGUGAAGCUCUCCCCAUAGCCAACAUCAAGCCCAAGCGCAUCAUGCUCCAGACCGGCGCAAAGAACUACGGUAUCCAUCUCGGCCCUGCAGCUACUCCCCAGGAAGAAACAGCACCACGCGUCACUCUCGAACCCAACUUCUACUACCCACAAGAAGACUUUCUCUGGGACUACUGCAAAAAGCAGGGUAUCGACUGGAAUGUAUGCAUGCCAGCGGGUAUCCUCGGCGCCGUGCCAGACGCCGCAAUGAACCUUGUUUUUCCGCUCGGAGUAUACGCAAGUGUGCAGAAACACCUAGGCGAGAAGCUUGAGUUUCCGACUGAUCUGCAAGCUUGGGAGGCGAAUAGAUGCAUGUCGAGCAGCAAGAUGAAUGCGUACAUGGAGCAAUGGGCUGUGCUUAAUGAUGGGGCGAAGAACGAAAAGUUCAAUACUAUGGAUGGUACGACCUUUACGUGGGGCAAUUUCUGGCCGAAGUACGCGGGUUGGUAUGGCAUCGGCUAUGAGACUCCCAGCCUGGACGAAAGUGCCUACACGGUCAUUACCACAAAGCACGAUCCGCCCCCGCGAGGUUUUGGGCCACCAGCAAAGCUGCGCGUGCGUUUCACACUGACCGAUUGGGCAAAGCAAGAGAAGGUGCAGAAGGCAUGGGAGGAGAUCGUUUCUAAAUAUGGUCUCAAGGUAGACAAGCUUCAAGAUAUGGAUAUCGACCGCAUCUUCGGGUUUACGGACGGCGGCUUGAUGGGAUCUUCAUUGGAUCUCACGAUGAACAAGGCGCGGAAGAUGGGAUGGCAUGGGUUUGUGGAUUCAAAUGACGCUAUCAGGGAGGUGCUUGGAGAAUUCGCAGAUCUCAAAAUGAUUCCUCCUUUCGGGGCAUAG